GUAUUUAAAUAAUGACAAGCUGAAAAACAGAAGCCAAAAGAAAAAAGCCCAAAUAGAAGAUUCAUAUUAAUGCUUGGUAACACAAGACAAAAAGAAAAAACCAGGAAUGGAAAUAGCUUAGAACUCAACGCUUUCAAACACAAAGACAGUAUGUCAACAAUGAGUGAAACAACAGAACUUCCUCAUCGAGUGGAGGAGUGGACGAGAGGUCAUGUUCAUUACUGGCUAACUGUGGUGAUUAAAGUGGAUAAAAAGCAUGCAGACAAGCUGUAUGAAGAAGAAGUAUCUGGGAAGGAACUAGUUUGUUAUCAGACCAAAGAUCUGCAGGAACUUGGAAUUAAGCAUGGCCCGGCUGUUAGAAUUAUCAACCAAUUUUAUGAGUUCAAAGAGCUUCAUGAACAUGGAUCAAAUUAUGAGGCUUCUGAACAUUCACACACACAGCGUGCAGAGGCCAGGCAAGACACAACAGUGAAAAAUGAAGACAAUGUUUCAACGGAACAAAGACAAAAAACUAGACAUAAAACUAAAAAAUCGAAGGGAAAGUCACACAAAAAAGAAAAAUCUGAAUUUAGGCAAGAUUGUUCCCUAGAAAAACCAAUAAACUUUGGAGAAGAUUCAAUGGAUACCACUGACACUCAAAGCACCACUCCAACAGAGAACUUUAAACCAAAUGAACCUUUAAGGGUGCCGCAUUCUCAAGAGAAAAAUAUUCAGCUUGUAGAAUCUUCUGGAGGUCCAUCUUCCAAACAAACCAAACUAAGAGAGUCAGUUGACCCUAAAACAUCAGACAUCUAUGCAGAUAAAGUGACUGAAGAAGUAAAGCACAUGAGAAAGCUAAACCAAUGUAGUCUCUAUCCAUUUGAUCAGAACUCUGCCUGUCAACGAUACAUUCAAAAUUACACUUUACCACCAGAGACAGGACCUGGCAAUCUGAUUGAUCCAGUUCAUGAGUAUAAGUUCUUGGGCAGGACAGAAGAUAUUCAUGUGAUAAAGAAGAGUUUCAAUAAAAAGGUGUUCCAGUUUGCUGCAGGGUGUAUGAACAGUCGCACAAAUGGAACCAUACACUUCGGUGUAGCUGAUUCCAAGAAUUCAGAAUAUGCUCAUGGUGAGAUCAUUGGAAUCAAGAUUGACAACAGGGACAUCAUUAUUGAUCACUUUAAUCAGGGCAUUAAAUCAUACUUUGAAGGACACUCAGAUGAUGCAAAGGGAUGUAUCAGACAACCACGCUUUGUAGAAGUGUUGUGUCCUGACCACACAUUAUCUGAAAAAUACGUUAUAGAGGUAGAUAUUGUUCCAUCCCAUAAUGUAGUUCAUGAUAAACUAUUUUAUAUUCAGACUUUGGAUGAGGACAAUCAAUGGAAAAAAAGCAAAGGAAAAUCGCUGUUCAUCAGAGAUGGAGCUGCAACCAGAGAUGUUUGUAAAAACGGUAAUAUAAAAGACUUACAAUGUGAAAUGGCUCAAAUGAAUACACAAGUGAAAGUUCUGGACAACAGGAGAAAGGAGGCAGAAAAGAGACCUGAAAGCAAAAGAACAUCAAAUCAGGGUGAAAAACUAAAGAAUCUGUUGACAUUUGAAGGAAACCGCCUUGGUUAUUAUCAUUACUAUAUCAUUGUCACAAACAAAAGCCACCCUGGACAGCUCAAGCACCUUCAGUUCAUGACAACAUUGAAACUGUUCUGUGUAUUGGACUUUGAUCCAAACUCUGCAGUUAGUGGUUCCUGCCACAACUACAGAGAAGCUCGUAUUGCAAAUCUUCAUGCACCAAGUCAGAUUCAUGGGGAUCCAGGAACUGUUACGAAAAAUCUCAAUUUGUACAAACAAACAAGUUGGAUAUCUUGUAAUGGCAGAGAAGACCUCAAAACUGAAUCUGACAGACCACUCCAGCCAAGGGAAUGGUUAGUGCACAAAGCAGGGGAAGUACAAGAUAUGAUCUCGUUCCUCUGCAACCCAUACACUCUUCCAAGAGGAAGAUUCUUAGUUAUAUUUCUCCUUCUCUCCACUGUUGAAGCCAUGAAUGAGCCCAUUUUUGACACAUUCAUGUCAUUUUAUAAAAACCUUGGGGGUACAGAGAGCAUUAUAAGUAUUUGCACAUCAGAUGCUUCCUUUCAAAAAUGGAGGGAUUUCAUUCAAUCCAGAUGUGAACAUGACAUUAGUCAGCAUAGUGUAUAUGACCUGGAGCUCAGUGAAAUCAAUGGGACAAUACUGAAACUGGGCCAGGACAAGCCAAAUACUGAGAGACUUCUUCCAUCCGCUGAGGGAAGUUCAGUGGUUUUCCAACAGAAAGAUGAGGACUCUAUGCCUUCUCUUGAUGUUCUUUGUGAAAAUGAGUGUGAGAAUGAGUAUGAUGAGGAUAGUACAGAAUUUCAAGAGUUCAGAAUCAAAAAAGAAGCUGAAUUCUACAGAGGGGACAAAGUGAAAUGGUGGAACUUCUAUUUCUCUGAGAAAAGUACAGCAAAACCAUUCAUAAAACGGGACAAAUAUGACCAACUCAAACGUAUGAUCGAAUCUAGAACAAAAAAUCCAACGAGCACAUGUGUCAUGCUAAAUCUAUUUCAUCAGCCUGGUUGUGGAGGCACCACUCUAGCUAUGCAUGUCAUGUGGAGUCUGAGAAAGGAUUUUCGUUGUGCAGUACUGAAGGACAACACAGUUUCCAAACAUAAUGUAGCACAAGAAGUUGCUUACUUGGUAAGGUGUGGAAAAAGUGAGACCUCACAGAUAAUACCAGCACUUUUGUUAGUUGAUGACUCAGAGGAGACAGAAAACACAGAGGAGCUUCAACACAUUACACGAAAAAUGCUUGAUGAAAUAUGUCCCAGUGCACUUGUAGUUGUUUUGAAUUGUUUGCGUUCAAAUAACCCGAAAGCUAGAUUCUCAAACAGUGUCAUUGAGAGUCAGUUCAUCACAGCAACACUGUCUAAGGUAGAAAUGGAUACCUUUGAGAUGAAACUAAAGGAACUUCAAGAAACUCAUGAAAAACCAGAAAAUUUCUACAGUUUCAUGAUAAUGAAAUCAAACUUCAGUCAGGAGUAUGUUACAAAUGUUGCUCGUAAUAUUCUGAAAGAUUUUGAUAUUGGAAGAAAACAAGCACAACUCCUCUCAAUCUUGGCAUUACUGAAUACCUAUGUGGCUGAAUCAGCCAUUUCUGUGUCACUGUGUGAAGAUUUUCUGGGGAUUAAAAGAAGAUUAUGGGGAAAGCAAACAGUUUUGGAUGAAAUGGAACCUCAGUCAUGCUUGCUCAUUGAGUUUGAAACUGAAGAAUGUGGAGUGUACAAAGCAAUUCGUUUUGUUCAUCAACGUAUUGCAACAGAGUGUCUCAACGAGCUUGAAAAGUCGCACAACAACCUGAGAUCUGACAUAGUUUGUAAUAUGCUGCAUUGUGACUUGUUUUUCAAAAGUGGAACAGGAAAAGAUAACCUCUUGCAGUCAGUAAAAAACAUGUUAAUCACUCGACAACGUAAAACUGAAGGUGAUGAGAAAAACACACUGUUUUCACCUUUGAUUGAGGACAUCAACAAAACUGAUGGACUGACAAAAGUCCAAGACAUCUUUACAGAGGCAUCAAGACGAUUCGAUAAGGACUUUGUAAUCCCUCAAGCUUUAGCAAGACAUUUCUAUCUGAAUGAGAAGAACUUUGCUCAAGCAAAGGACUGGGCAAACACAGCUAGAAGUAUCAAAGAGAAUUCAUACACACUCGAUACAGUUGGACAGGUGUCUAGAAGUGAGCUAAAACAUAAAAUUGAUGGCAAAAAGCAAGAGAACAUCCAAUACACACCAGAUGACUUGAAAGAAUAUCUUGAUCUAGCUAAUACCGCAAUAAAUGCUUUCCAAAAGGCUCAAAUCUUGGCAAAGACAGAUGAUAUUCCUGAUUUGGAUGAAGCACUUCAUAGGAAACCAAACACCUACAAUAUAUCUGGAUAUAUGAACGCGAUUGACAUUGCAAUGACAGUCUUUGACAUUGUGAGGGGGCUGGCAUUGUUUGAGGAGGGGGACUGCAUGAAAGAUAAUUACAUCAAGCAGUUUUUCAAAGGAAAAAUAUCCAUAGUAAACGUUCCCAUAUUCCAGAAUGAUGCCAACAACAAAAUGGUUGACAUUCUUAAAGAGUAUGAACCAUUCCUUGUCUCUUUGAGGCCACAAGUAGACAAUGCUUUUAGCUUUCUUGAAGUUUUCUUCACUUACACAAAAGAAAAGGGAAUUGUUGACAAAGAAAAGCAGAAUAAAAACAGGAAAAAGCUCUCUGAGCACUUCCAAAAAUACAUCUCCUUGUUUUGCUCUUCAUCAGAGGAAAAGUUAAGUGAGAAAACCCGUAAACCCAAACUCAGCAUGAACAUGGAAAUUGAGGAAUGUCGAAUGUUCUUGGAAGAGAACAGAGCAAACAAUUUCCCACAAAUUCUUCAGUUUCUAGAAUAUGGAAAAAACACGAUUGUGGAAAUAGUUGAAAAACUUUCAUUCAUAUACAAGAACUGUAUGACCAAAACACUCAGGGACAAAACAAAUUAUUUGCUUGCACACAUAAUUCUUAAGCUGAAUAAACCAAAUUCACAAUUUGCAAAAACCCAGAAAGAAAUCACAGAUCUUAUGAACGAAAUCUUGCAAGAUGCAGGAACACAACAUCAGCAUCCAGAACCUUAUUACCUUGCUCUGUUGUUGUUGUGGCCCGGAAACAAAGUCCCUGACCACCGAAUAACUACAUAUGUGGAAAUUAUAAAGAAAUCCUCCAGAAAGCAACUCUCACACAUUUUCAGAGUUAGAAACUCAAUUGCCCACUUCUAUCUGGGAAAGUCAGAAGGACUAGACCGACUGCUUUCUAAAGCUGCUCUUGACAGUGUCUUUAGUAAAGUCAAGUCAAGAGACCGUAAUGUGCUUUGGCAAAAUGCAGACAUUUUCAAGGAACAGGUGAUUAAAGACAAGCUCCUCAGAGUAGAUGGCAUCAUUGAGUAUGGUGAGCUUUGUGCUGAGUAUGGCAAACUUAAGAUUCCUGUGCGCCCCACGUACCUUGGUGGACUAAGAAGUGGUCACAGUACAGAGAGAGUGACCUUCUACAUUGGCUUUGCUAUUGAUGGUCCACUUGCCUAUGACAUUCAGUAUGUGGACAGGAAAAUCAAUACAUGAACCUAUCAUUUGCCCAUCAUGUAAAUAUUAUUUGAGGCAGAUAGGAUCAUCUUCCUAACCAGAGUUUGGACAAAAACAUUUGUGCAUGAUUAUGUGUGAGGUUGUUGCAAAUAAAUGCUUUGGGAUGUUUUAUAAUCAGUUUUGAUUUAGUAGUGUGCCUAAAUCUACGAGCAAAAUCUCAAAUGAUAACAGUUAUGUUAUAUAGUAUGUUAAGCAUUAAAUCUUAUGUACACUGUAUGUGAUGACGUAAUGAGAUGUACGUUUUUUUUAUGCAAAAACCUAGAGCACAGUCACUCAUUUUAGUUAAUCAGGGUUUUUUCCUUUACUUUUCUGUUUUUGGGAUUAGCUGCAGUGUAGUUAUUUUGAUAACAAACAUCGUUUUUGGGAUUAGUUCCAGUGUAGUUGUUUUGAUAUUAAACAUUGUUUUUGGGAUUAGCUGCAGUGUAGUUAUUUUUAUAAUAAACACUGUGUUUGGGAUUAGUUCCAGUGUAGUUGUUUUGAUAUUAAACAUUGUUUUGGGGAUUAGCUGCAGUGUAGUUGUUUUGAUAUUAAACAUUGUUUUUGGGAAAAAUUUGUGUAGUUGUUUUGAUAUUAAACAUUGUUUUGGGGAUUAGCUGCAGUGUAGUUGUUUUGAUAUUAAACAUUGUUUUUGGGAUUAGCUGCAGUGUAGUUAUUUUGAUAAUAAACAUUGUGUUUGGGAUUAGUUCCAGUGUAGUUGUUUUGAUAUUAAACAUUGUUUUGGGGAUUAGCUGCAGUGUAGUUGUUUUGAUAUUAAAC